AGAGGCGCUAUUCAGUUCAUUGUCCUCAUCUCCAGCCUUAUCUCCUACUUCCCAGAUCGCUUCGACCAGGCCGUGGAUAACUGGCGACAUCCGGGCAAAAUACAGGGAUGAUGUACUCAAUUGGCCCACGGAUAUUUCAUGCGACAUAUUCCCAGUAGGAUGCCAUUCGCACAACGAUUAUUGGCGCCGGGUUCCUUUAUAUUCUGCUCUGCAGGCAGGCUGAAUCAGUCUGGAGGCGGACGUCUGGCAUUUUGACGACGAGCUCUAUGUCGGCCACAAAACCUCAUCCCUGGCUCCUGAACGGACGCUGAGGAAUAUGUACAUCAAUCCGCUAUGGAAGAUCCUUGAGCGGCAGAACCCGCAGACGCGAUUCCACCCAUACAUGAACUUUCCUCGGAAUGGCGUCUUCGAUACUGAUCCUUCACAGACCCUUGUGCUUCUCAUCGACUUCAAGACCGAUGGCACGGCCACCUGGCCUUACGUAUUUGAACAACUCGCUCCGUUGCGUGAGGGUGGCUACCUCACCCAUUUCAAUGGAACGGUUGUCGUCGAUGGCCCGAUCACGGUCGUCGGCAGUGGAAACGCUCCGUUCGACUCCAUUGUAUCAAAUUCCACCUAUCGAGACAUCUUUUUCGACACAUCUUUAGAUGAACUAGCAGGUGAUGGCCAUGGAGGUGCCCGAAAUCAGGGAUCCACGCGGCCCAGAACUGUUUCGUACGACUCUACAAAUAGCUAUUACGCCUCCUCUCAUUCACAAAAUCGAUUGGCGCCCCCUGGCGCUUUUGUCUCUCACCGAGUCAGAUAGAUCGCCUCCGAGCGCAAAUCCAGGCUGCGCAGUCUGAGGAAUCAUAUCUGGAGAAUCCUCAUCCAGGAAGGGGUCGAUAUCCUCAACGUCGAUGACCUUGAGGGUGCCACUAGGAAGGAGUGGAUUCCGCCGUUUGUGCCCUGGUAGUUGUGACAGUCUGAGGCCGUGACAGCGUGGAAAACAAGUACUAUAUAAGUGAGUGCAGUAUCAGGUCUUACAACCUGAUAUCCUGGUCUUUUGCCGGUAGUGCAGUGGUUUAGUCCUUAGAAUGCACCUAGGAGCUAGG